ACUGCGACAUUAUUAUUGUCUUUUCCUCAAAGUCUCUGAGUCAGUUUUCUCUCUGUGGACUGUCGAGGGAAGAAGAGCCAGGAUGAACCUCUGUUCAUACAAAUAGACUGAAAGGAAAAAGAGGAGAUUAAAAACUUGGAAGUCUGUGACUGACUGAAGUCCUGGAGAUGGCUGAUUUUGAGGAGAAGAAGGACAGAACAGAGUCUCCAGUACCCAGCUGUGUGUCUCUGAAGAGUGACCGGUCCAAACAGUUUAUUCCUCCAGACCUCAGCAAUGAACCUGGACCCUCAGAUACACAACUGACUGAAGUCCUGAAGAUUGGUCGUGGUGUGGAGGAAAAGGAGGAUAGACCGGUGUCUCCAGGGUCUAGCUGUGUGUCACUGAAGAGUGACCAGUCCAGAGAAUUCCCUCUAAACUUCACUGAUGAACCAGGAACCCCACGCAAACAAAAAAGGAAGGCGAGUGGUGAUUCUGUGGAGGAGCAACGGUCCCGCUGUGCUUUGUGUGAAGACGUCCUGAAGGAUCCGGUCUCUACCAGCUGUGGACACUGGUUUUGCAGACAGUGCAUCACCCCACACUGGGACCAGCCUGGUCCAUCAGGAGACCACCCCUGUCCCCGGUGUGGAAAAACACCCAGAACAACACUUGGACUGCAGACAGCCAGUCAGACCAGCACUGUACAAACAGAUAGUGGUCUGCAGGAGGUUUUAGAUGAACAUAAGAUCAGUCUGAGGAGGAGAUGUGAACGUGUGACUGAAGGAACUGAUGGAACAGAAAGUAGAACCCUCCUCAAAGCGAUCUACACUGAGCUCUACAUCACAGAGGGACAGAGUGAAGAGGUUAAUACCCAACAUGAGGUGUGGCAGCUUGAAACAGUUUCCAAGAUGGAGACCCUGCAUGACACUCCAAUCAGGUGCCAGGACAUCUUUAAAGCCUUACCUGACCAACACAUUAGACUUGUUCUGACAAAUGGUGUUGCUGGCAUUGGAAAAACCUUCUCAGUGCAGAAGUUCACUCUGGACUGGGCAGAGGGCUUGGAAAACCAAGAUGUCAGUCUGCUGGUUCUGCUUUCGUUCAGGGAGCUGAACCUGAUCAGAGAUGAGCAGUACAGUCUUCUCACGCUGCUCCAUGUUUUCCAUCCAACAUUACAGAAGGUCACAGCAGAGAAGCUGGCUGUCUGUAAAGUUCUGUUCAUCUUUGACGGCCUGGAUGAAAGCAGACUUUCACUGGAUUUCAACAACAGGAAGGUUGUGUCUGACGUCACACAGAAGUCAUCAGUCAACGAGCUGCUGACAAACCUCAUCCAGGGGAAUCUGCUUCCCUCGGCUCUGGUCUGGAUAACUUCCAGACCUGCAGCGGCCAAUCAGAUCCCUCCUUCAUGUGUUGACAGGGUAACAGAAGUACGAGGCUUCACUGACCCACAGAAGGAGGAGUACUUCAGGAGGAGAUCCAGUGAUGAAGAGCUGUCCAACAGAACCAUCUCACACAUCAAGACCUCCAGGAGCCUCCACAUCAUGUGUGGAGUCCCAGUCUUCUGCUGGAUCACUGCUACAGUUCUGGAGCACAUGUUGACUACAGAGCAGAGAGGAGAGCUGCCCAAGACCCUGACUGACCUGUACUCACACUUCCUGCUGGUUCAGACAAAGAGGAAGAAGAACAAGUACGAUGAGGGACAUGAGACGAGUCCACAGGAGCUGACGGAGGCUGACAGGGAAGUUCUUCUGAAGCUGGGGAGGCUGGCGUUUGAACAUCUGGAGAAAGGAAACAUGUUCUACCAAGAAGACCUGGAGCAGUGUGGUCUUGAUGUGACAGAGGCCUUGGUGUACUCAGGAGUUUGUACAGAGAUCUUCAAAAGAGAGAGUGUGAUCUUCCAGAAAACAGUCUACUGCUUUGUUCAUCUGAGCGUUCAGGAGUUUCUGGCUGCAGUCUACAUGUUCCACUGUUUCACCAACAGGAACACACAGGUACUGGAGGCUUUCUUAGGAAAAGGCAGAGGUAGAAAUCGUAGCGAAAAACUUUCCCUAAUUGAUUUUCUUGCAAGAGCCAUGGAGAAAUCCCUUGAAAGUAAAAAUGGGCACCUGGACCUUUUUGUUCGUUUCCUUCAUGGCCUCACUCUGGAGUCCAACCAGAUACUCUUAGGAGGUCUACUGGGUCAGAUAGAGGACAGUCCAGAAGUCAUCCAAGAAGUCAUCAACAACCUGAAGAAGAUGAACAGAGAUGAUAUCUCCCCUGACAGAAGCAUCAACAUCUUCCACUGUCUGAUGGAGAUGAAUGAUCAGUCAGUCCAUCAGGAGAUCCAAGAGUUCCUGAAGUCAGAGAACAGAUCAGAGAGAAACCUCUCUGUGAUCCACUGCUCAGCUCUGGCCUACAUGCUGCAGAUGUCAGAGGAGGUUCUGGAUGAGUUGUACCUGGAGAAGUACAACACAUCAGUGGUGGGACGACAGAGACUGAUCCCAGCUGUGAGGAACUGCAGGAAGGCUCGAUUUACUCAUUGUGGACUCUCAGAGACUCACUGUGAAGUUGUGGCUUCAGCUCUGAAGUCCAGCCCCUCCCAUCUGAGAGAACUGGACCUGAGUGAAAAUGAGCUGCAGGAUUCUGGAUUAAAGCGGCUGUCUACUGGAAUGGAGAGUCCAAACUGUAGACUGGAGACUCUGAGAUUGAUAUGCUGCAGUUUGUCAGAGAUCAGCUGUGCUUCUCUGGCCUCUGCUCUGGAGUCAAAUCCAUCCCAUCUGAGAAAGCUGGUCCUGAGUCACAACAAGCUGCAGGAUUCAGGAGUGGAGCUCUUGUGUGGUUUUCUGAAGAGUCCAGACUGUAGACUGGAGACUCUGAGAUUGAAGAACUGCUGGUUGUCAGAGAUCAUUUGUGCUUAUCUGGCCUCGGUUCUUGACUUCAACCCCUCCUAUUUGAAAGAACUGAAGCUGUCUAACAACCACCUGCAGGAUUCAGGAGUGCAGCUGCUGUGUGGUUUUCUGGAGAAUCCACACUGUAAAAUGGAGACUCUGAGACUGAGGGACUGCAGUUUGUCAGAGACCAGCUGUGAUUAUCUGGCCUCAGCUCUGAAGUCCAACCCCUCCUAUCUGAGAAAGCUGGAGCUGAGUGAAAACAACCUGCAGGACUCAGGAGUGAAGGAUCUGUGUGGUUUUCUCCAGAAUCCAGACUGUAGACUGGACACACUGAGAUUGAGUUGCUGCAGUUUGUCAGAGAUCAGCUGUGGUUAUUUGGCCUCAGCUCUUAGGUCCAACCCAUCCUAUCUGACUGAACUGAAGCUGAACCACAACAAGCUGCAGGAUUCAGGAGUGAAGGGGCUGUGUGGUUUUCUGCAGAGUCCAGACUGUAGACUGGAGACUCUGGGAUUGAGCUCCUGCAGUUUGUCAGAGACCAGCUGUGCUUCUCUGGCCUCAGCUCUGAAGUCCAACCCCUCCUAUCUGAGAAAGCUGGACCUGUGGGGAAACAACCUGCAGGAUUCAGACCUGAAGGAGCUGUGUGAAUUUGUGGAGAGUCCAGACUGUCGACUGGAGACUCUGAGGUGGAAGUGAUGAGCUGUAUCCUGAAGAUCCAGAGAGGCUGAAGCAGCAGCUUGUUACUGGGAGGUCGAGUAGAGAGGAAAGCUUCAUCUAGCAGUGACUAAAUCAGAAGCUGUGGCGAUGACUCGGAUGGAAUCAUAACAGAAGUCAUCUCAGGGCACUUUUCAUAUAGAGCAGAGCAUAUAUCUUAGUAAUAUUAUUUACAGAGAUCCAACAAUAUAUCUGGUCUUAAAGUUCAUAAAGUCCAGCUGAACUGAAUCUGAGUUCAAGUCUGUUUGUGCUGCUCUGAACAGGUUUCUUGUUGAGGAACAAUCACAAAGACCAAGAACUCUUUCAGUGCGGCUAUAAAACAGACUUAAUAAGUGUGAAUCUAUUCACUGUAAUUUAGCAAGUAUCAUAUGUUAAUCACUUAUUAACUGUGCUCUAAAUCAUACUUUGUAUUAAUUAAUGUUCUACUUUUACAUGUUCAGACAGGUUGAAAUACCUUCAUCCCUAGAAUAUUAGGACUGACUGCAAAUAAUGUGAAUCAUAUGAUAUUACCUUCACAGUCCAGAUCCCUAUGGGACAUUUUAGACCAAAUUGUUUGACAGUGCUCUCCACCACCAACAAUUAAACUCUAAAUAAGGGAAUAUCUUUUGUAGGAAUGGUGUUCAGUCCCUCCAGUAGAGUCCAGAGACCUGGAGAUUCUGUUCUUGCAGCUUGUGGUGGCUCAACACCUUACUGAGACACUUCAAGUUAGUUUUUUCCUUUCUACCAGUCUUUGACUCUACUUUUACAUUUAUUUUACACUCCCACUGGAUCUGCACAGUUGUUAUAACACUCCAACUUUUCUUAAAUUUCACAUCAUAUUUCUGACUAAUGCUGUUUCUGUUGUUUUAUAUUUAUAUUCAAUGCUAUUUUUGACACACAGUAUAAAGUAUAUUUUUAUAUAUCUUGCUCAGGUCGGUAAUUCUGCAGUUGUGAUUUUAAGCUAAAUUCUAUUGUUAUCCAGCCUGCUGUAAUGUGACAAUUUUUCUCAUACACUCAUUAAAAUCUGUUAUCUGACU